UUGAAGAGAGUAAACCACUGAGGUGGCCAGGCCUCCGAACAGCCUAGAGUGGUCCUCCCUUAGCGCUCCCGAGGCCUGCCUGGAUCAGGCAGAUGCCGGAAGGGGUGACUCUUCCUAUUCGCUUCUUUGGUUUGUGGGGGCUGCUCGGGAGCUGAGGAGCUUUCUUCUCCCUAGGUUCCUAACCAUCCUCUUGAAGAGAACCCAGGAGAACUGGUGAUGACAGCUAAACUCUUGCUAUCAAGGCUCCAGGUAGACAUGAUAUUUGAGGAUGUGGCUGUGUACCUUACUCAGGAGGAGUGGAGCUAUCUGGGCCCUGCUCAAAGGGGUCUCUACAGGGAUGUGAUGCUGGAGAAUUAUGGGAACAUAGUAUCACUAGCAGGAUUUCCAGUGCCCAAACCUGAUGUGAUCUCCUUGCUGGAACGAGGGGAAGAGCCCUGGGUCUUGGAUAGGCAAGGAACUAAGGGAAGAGAGAUUUUUAGAGACAAUUGCUUAGUUAAUGAAACUAGCACUGAGAAGUUACCUCAAAAUCUGGAACCUUCUACAGAAAGGAAAUUGCAUGGAGUAAUAUCUGAGAGAAUUGUGGGGGAUGUUUUCCAGGGAUUUGACUUUGAAGAAGCCUGGGACUAUGAAAGAGAGUUAAAGAAACAUCAAGAAAAUCUUUCAGUUGGGAUACUGAAGAAAUCCUUUUGCCAAGAGAGGGCUUUCAGACCAAACAAGAGUUGCAAAAAACCUUAUAUAUGUCAGAGAAACCAAAAGUAUAAUGAAUUUCAGGGAAGCUUCAGUCUGAGUUCAAACCCUGUUAGACAUCAGAAUAUUCCUAUAGGAGAGAGACUCCAUCAGGAUAUUACAUGUGACUUAACUUUGAAACAGAAUUCAAACCUGAUUAAAUAUCAGAGAAUCAGUAUGAGUGAGGAAUCAUGUAAAUCUAAAAUAUGUGGGAAAACAUUCAGAGAAACUUCAGCCUUUAUUGAACGCCAGAAAAUUCACGGUGGAGAAAAACCUUAUGAGUGUGAUAAAUGUGGUAAAACUUUCAGUCAGAGCUCUAACCUUAUUGAUCAUCAGAGAAUUCACACAGGAGAAAAACCCUAUGUCUGUAAAGAAUGUGGGAAAGCCUUCAGGCAGAGCUCUAACCUCAUUAAACACCAGAGAAUUCAUACAGGAGAAAAACCCUAUAAAUGUAAUGAAUGUGGGAAAGCCUUUAAUCAAAGCUCUAAUCUCAUUAAACACCAGAGGAUUCACACAGUAGAAAAACCUUAUGAAUGUAAUGAGUGUGGGAAAACCUUCAGUCAGAGCUCACAUCUAAUUAGCCAUCAGAGGAUCCAUACUGGAGAGAAACCAUACGAAUGUAGUGAAUGUGUUAGAGCAUUUAGUACCCGAUCAUCUUUUAUACAACACUGUACAAUUCAUACUGGAGAGAAACCCUAUAAGUGUAAUGAAUGUGGAAAAACUUUCAACCAGAAUUCUAACCUUACUAAGCAUCAGAGAAUCCACACUGGAGAGAAACCUUACAAAUGUAAUAAAUGUGGAAAAACCUUUAACCAGAACUCUAACCUUACUAAACAUCAAAGAAUUCAUACUGGGGAGAAACCCUACAAAUGUGAUAAAUGUGGAAAAGCUUUCAGUGCUCGUUCAUCUUUUAUACAACAUCAUAAAAUUCAUAUUGGUGAGAAACCCUACAAUGAAUGUUGAAAAACCUUCAGCCAGCACUUUUAAACCUUAAUAAACAUUAAAGAGGGGGCAGCUAGGUGGCACAGUGGAUAAAGCACUGGCCCUGGAUUCAGGAGGACCUGAGUUCAAAUGUGACCUCAGAUACUUGACACUUACUAGCUGUGUGACCCUGGGCAAGUCACUUAACCCUCAUUGCCCUGAAAAAAAAAAAAAAGAUAAAAAUAAACAUUAAAGAAUCCAUAAAUGGAAAGAAACCUUACUAAUGUGAUGAAUGGGAGAAAAUCUUCAGGAUAGGCUCAUUCUUUAUUUCACAGUUUAGAAAACAUAGUGAAAAUAACGCCCAAUGAAAGUAACAGAUAUAAGAAGGCCUUUAAGUGUAAUGAUUAUGGGAAAGCUUUUAGCCAGAAUGGAAACUAUUUGGCAUCAGAAGUGUUAUAUUGGUGACAAACCCUGUGUAUGUGAUGAUUUUUUUAAACACUCAGAACUCACAAUUCAUAAUGAAAAGAAAACCUAUGUCUGUAAUGAAUAGUGUAAAAGAUAACAGGAAGAGCUCUGAUCUUAGUAAAUAUCAAAAAGUUUACACUGGGGAAAAAUUGACUCCAGGAAAAAACUUUAGUAACCCCUUGGGUUUCAUUUAAAAUUAUAAAAGUCAUGCUGGAGAAAAAACCAGAUUCUUCAAAUGUAGGAAAAUCUUCAGUAAGAGUUCUAGAGGAUUCAUUGAGAGAAAUCUGAUAAUGAAGAUAUUUGGAUACAUAGGAAGGACCUGUGAUUUCAUCCAAGUGAAAUCCAUCUAUAUAUGACUUAGUAGGUAAUUUCUAUGAGAUAGCAUUGGAACCUACAUUUUCCUAACUCCAAGCCUGGUACUCUGUCCACUAUACCACACUGCCUCUAACUUGAAAUGAAGAUCAUAAUUUGUGUUUGUAAAUAUCUCAGUUGGACCUCAUAGUAACCUUGUGAUGUACUAUGAGUAUUGCUGUUCUCAUUUUACAAAUGAAGAAAUAAGCUCAGAAAUAAACAACUUGCCUAUGGUCACACAGCUGUAAGAGUUAGGAUAUAAACUGAUUUCUACUGGACAUCAAGUCCAACACCUUAUCCCUUUCCUAAUAAACAUGAACUAUACACACACCAUAUGGCAGAAUAUCUAAAGGCUUUAAAGGAAAAGCAUAAUCAAAAGCCAGAAUGCCCAAUAGUAAGAAAAUAAUUACAAGUUCUUGACAUUCCCCAGAAAGAACAUUGUAGACUAACAAUGCUGACAAAACUAGAUUUGAUAAAUCUAUACUCAUUAUAGAAUUGGAGCAUUAAGGGAUUUACCUUUUUCUUUUUAAAAAUUAUUUUAUUUCUAAUUACAUGUAAAAAUAAUUUUCAACAUUUAAA